GCGCAGGUGCUGUCGGCGUUCAGCGCGAGGCACCCCUAGGGUCAGUAGUGGCUGAUCAUUGGUGUGCACCGUCGGAGGUUAGGACGUCGUCGACACUGUGCUCGUCGUCGUUCCGACGAGAGACGUGAACCCGUUCCGUUGCACCGGGGAAGAGAGCGGAAAGACCAUCCGUGAGGAACGGGAAAGGAGAGGGACAAAAAAUGUCGAAACGUGACCGCGUGUGACCGUCCUCGCCCUAUUGGACUACCGAGGGGAAGCGAGGCUCGGUCCCAACCAGCAGAGCCGUGGAAUAGGAAGCGGAAGGGACACAACGAACUAAGAAAAUACGCGAACCAGGCAGCGGAAGGAGGCUCGUCCAGGUUACGUGAAAACGUACCGACGGGAUGGCUGACAGCGAGGGUGGCUCCGAGCAGGAUGACGUAUCCUUCCUCCGUACGGAGGACAUGGUGUGUCUGUCCUGCACCGCAACUGGUGAAAGGGUUUGCCUCGCAGCCGAGGGUUUCGGUAACAGACACUGCUUCCUCGAGAACAUCGCAGACAAGAAUAUACCACCGGACCUGUCGCAAUGCGUGUUCGUAAUAGAACAAGCUCUCUCGGUGAGAGCGUUGCAGGAAUUGGUUACCGCUGCCGGUUCCGAGACGCAGCAAGAAAAAUUAGGAAAAGGUACUGGAUCAGGGCACAGAACGUUGUUGUACGGUAACGCUAUAUUGUUGAGGCAUCAGAACAGCGACAUGUAUUUGGCUUGUCUGUCGACCAGUUCGUCCAACGACAAGUUGGCUUUCGACGUCGGUCUGCAACAACAUUCUCAAGGGGAGGCAUGCUGGUGGACAGUGCAUCCAGCAUCGAAACAGAGAUCCGAGGGUGAGAAGGUCCGUGUCGGUGACGAUCUGAUUCUAGUAUCCGUGGCCACCGAAAGAUACUUGCAUACCACCAAAGAGAACGAUUUGUCGGUGGUGAAUGCCUCGUUCCACGUGACCCAUUGGUCCGUGCAACCGUAUGGGACUGGAAUCAGCCGAAUGAAGUACGUCGGUUAUGUGUUCGGCGGCGACGUGCUGCGAUUUUUCCACGGCGGUGACGAAUGUCUCACUAUACCAUCGUCAUGGAGCACGUCACCGAGCCAAAAUAUAGUGAUCUACGAAGGUGGCAGCGUAAUGAGCCAAGCGCGAUCUUUGUGGAGGCUCGAACUGGCUCGAACAAAAUGGGCGGGUGGAUUUAUAAAUUGGCUGCACCCGAUGAGGAUCAGACACCUGACCACCGGCCGUUAUCUUGGCGUAAAAGAAAACAACGAACUGUACCUGGUCGAUAGGAACGAAGGAACGAUCGAAACGUCGACGUUCUGGCUGCGACAGGAGAAAGACGACCAAAAGAUCGUUCUCGAGGACAAGGAUCUGUUGCCGAUUAUCAAAUACGGUGAUUCGACUGUCAUCAUGCAGCACGCUACCACAUGUCUCUGGGUCUCGUACAAGUCGUACGAAACGAAGAAGAAGGGCGUCGGUAAAGUGGAGGAGAAACAAGCGGUUCUUCACGAGGAAGGAAAAAUGGACGACGGUUUGGACUUCUCCCGUUCGCAAGAGGAAGAAUCCCGUACGGCACGCGUGAUCAGGAAAUGUAGCAGCUUGUUCACGCAGUUUAUCACGUGAGUAGAAACGCUGAAAGUAAAUAGAAGAGCGUCUAUGUUCUUCCAAAAUGUGAAUCUGAACGAAAUGGUGAUGUGUCUCGAAGACUUGAUUAAUUAUUUCGCUCAACCCGAGGAUGAUAUGGAACACGAGGAGAAACAGAACAGGUUCCGAGCUCUGAGAAACCGUCAAGACCUGUUCCAAGAAGAAGGCAUACUGAAUCUGAUCCUGGAGGCCAUCGACAAGAUCAACGUAAUCACUUCGCAGGGAUUUCUGGUGGCGCUUUCGGGGGACGAGAGCGGGCAGGCAUGGGACCAAAUAUCCGGAUACUUGUACCAAUUGUUGGCCGCGAUCAUCAAAGGAAAUCACACGAACUGCGCUCAAUUUGCCAACAGUAAUCGUCUGAAUUGGUUGUUCAGUCGACUGGGCUCGCAGGCUUCCAGCGAGGGAACUGGAAUGUUGGACGUACUCCACUGCGUUCUUAUCGACUCGCCUGAAGCUUUAAACAUGAUGCGAGACGAGCAUAUCAAAGUCAUCAUCUCGCUACUCGAGAAGCACGGCAGGGAUCCCAAAGUCUUGGACGUUCUCUGUUCACUGUGCGUCGGUAACGGGGUCGCGGUACGCUCGUCACAGAACAAUAUCUGCGACUUCCUUCUGCCAGGAAAGAAUCUUCUCCUGCAAACGCAACUGGUGGACCACGUGGCCAGCGUCAGACCGAACAUAUUCGUCGGUAGAGUCGAAGGUUCAGCGCUUUAUCAAAAGUGGUACUUCGAAGUCACUGUCGAUCACAUCGAGCAGACAACGCAUAUGAUGCCCCAUUUGAGGAUCGGCUGGGCGAAUACCGCAGGCUACGUGCCAUACCCUGGUGGCGGCGAAAAAUGGGGAGGAAACGGUGUCGGUGACGACCUCUAUUCAUUCAGUUUCGACGGCGCGAAUCUAUGGACCGGUGGCAGAAAAACCCAAGUAAUUCUGAACGCGACGGAACCUUACAUCAGAAAAAGCGACGUGAUCGGAUGCGCUCUAGAUCUCACCGUUCCCAUAAUCACGUUCACUUUCAACGGAGCGCCUAUCUUAGGAUCCUUCAGGAACUUCAAUCUGGACGGCAUGUUCUUUCCCGCCAUCAGUUGCUCCUCGAAAUUAUCCUGCAGAUUCCUUUUGGGCGGUGACCACGGUCGCCUCAAGUUCCAACCACCGGAGGAAUUUUCACCACUCGUAGAGAGUCUCUUGCCGCAACAGAUCUUAUCGCUGGAUCCUUGCUUCUACUUCGGAAACAUGAACAAGGUCGUCUUGGCUGGCCCGUGGUUGGUCGAGGACGACACCGCUUUCGUCCCUGCCCCGGUUGACACGUCUAUGAUCAACUUACCGUCGUACGUCGAGCAGAUCAGAGACAAACUGGCCGAGAAUAUCCACGAGAUGUGGGCCAUGAACAAGAUCGAGGCUGGCUGGAUCUUCGGUGAGCAUAGGGAUGACUUGCGGAAGAUUCAUCCGUGUAUCGUUCAGUUCGAACGGUUACCAGCCGCGGAGAAGCGUUACGACACUCAGCUGGCUGUACAGACGCUGAAGACUAUUCUUGCCCUGGGCUACUAUAUCACCAUGGACAAGCCACCGUCCAGGAUAAAGACCCUCAGGCUACCGAAUGAACCAUUCUUACAGAGCAGCGGAUACAAACCAGCUCCUCUCGAUCUGACUGCCAUCACGCUUACUCCGAAGAUGGAGGAGCUGGUAGAUCAGCUAGCUGAGAAUACUCAUAAUUUGUGGGCAAAGGAAAGGAUCAGCCAGGGUUGGACUUACGGUCUGAACGAAGAUUCGGAAAUGAGAAGGAGCCCACACUUGGUACCCUAUCCAAAGGUGGACGACGCCAUCAAGAAAGCUAAUCGCGACACAGCCAGCGAAACCGUUAGGACCCUGCUGGUUUACGGGUAUAUGUUGGAACCACCUACCGGAGAGCAGCACGAAGCCCUACUUCUGGAGGCCAGCAGAUUACGACAAUUAUCCUUCAGGACGUAUCGAGUGGAGAAACACUACGCAGUGACCAGCGGAAAGUGGUACUUCGAAUUCGAGGUGCUAACUGCAGGUCCGAUGCGCGUAGGGUGGGCGAAGGCCGAUUGCAUGCCUGGAAGUAUGCUGGGAAGCGACGAGAACACUUGGGCGUUCGAUGGUUACAAUGAGGAAAAAGUAUACUCGGGAACAACCGAAACAUUUGGCAAACAAUGGCAGGUUGGAGACGUUGUCGGUGUAUUCCUGGAUCUAAUUGACCGAACGAUUAGCUUUUCUCUGAACGGAGAAUUGUUAAUGGACGCACUCGGCGGCGAAACAUCUUUCGCCGAUGUGCAAGGUGACUGUUUCGUACCAGCUUUCACGCUUGGGGUUGGACAGAAGGCGAAAUUAACAUUUGGACAGGAUGUGAACACUCUAAAGUUCUUUACAACAUGUGGUCUACAAGAAGGAUACGAACCCUUCUGUGUAAACAUGAAUCGCCUAGUGACUUACUGGUACACAAAGGACCAGCCGAUUUUCGAAAACACAGACGACAUGGCCGACACUAGGAUAGAUGUCGCCAGGAUCCCAGCAGGGUCCGACACCCCGCCCUGUCUAAAAAUCUCCCAUAACACGUUCGAGACUAUGGAGAAAGCGAAUUGGGAAUUUCUUCGACUGUCACUGCCCGUUAUCUGUCAGUCUACUUUUGUCUCGGAAAGCGAGAAAUUACGAAGGUGGCAGGAGAUCAAGAUGCGCCAGAAUCGGCUGUUGUGUGAACAGGUGGAGCAAGCCCAACAAGCCGCGCCCUCGGCUCAAAUGGAGCAAAUUAUGAAGUCUGGUUUUAGCAUGAGCGACAUCAAAGGGUUGCAAAGGAACUACUCAGAGGAUGCAGUGGAAGCAGACGAAAUGAUGAAAGAAUCGCCACUUCCAAUGCAGAGGAACAAGCCUAUGAGACCUCCCAGAAAAGGUUCCCUUUAUGGAUCACGAACUGGAAACAUGGAGAACGCGAUCAGCGAGGUAGACAUGAACGGUUACGGCGACAUGAACGGAGACGUGAAAGACGACAAGAAAAAACGAGGGCGUUCGCCAUUCCGCAAAGAGACGGAGGAUGGAAAGUUCUUUUCGCGUAAAGCGAAGUCUCCGGAGGCCAAAUCGAAGACGCCCGAACCAGCGGUACGGUCCGACGUCUCCGACAAGAGUACGAAGACCCUAUCGAUGAACAAAACGGAUUUGAAGGUGAUACCACCACAAAUACCAGAGCGCAACGCACCGAAGGCGAUGUCCGUUCUAAGUGGAUCUGGCAUCGAGGCAAUUGGAAACGAAAUAUACGACGCGGACUGUCUGAAGCUGAUGAACGAAUACUUCUACGGCGUGAGGAUUUUUCCUGGACAGGAUCCAACUCACGUUUAUGUUGGCUGGGUCACGUCUCAGUAUCACCUGCACACGAAGGACUUCAAUUUGUCUCGCGUGAGAAAGGCAUCGGUGGUUGUGACCGACGAUUAUGACCGUCCCGAGGAACAAGUCGACAGACAAAGUUGCUACAUGGUCAGAGCAGACGAGCUUUACAAUGAGGUCACACAAGAUGCCUCUGGCAAGGGUGCUUCCCAGGGAAUGUUUGUCGGUUGUUUCGUGGACACGGCAACUGGAUGGGUAUCGUUCACAUGCGAGGGCAAAGAAACUAGCCACAAAUUCAAAAUGGAACCCGACACUAAACUGUUCCCGGCCAUCUUUGUGGAAGCCACCAGCAAGGAGAUCCUCCAAAUCGAACUCGGAAGAACCUCCACGACGUUGCCACUGUCUGCAGCCGUUUUACAGAAUUCUGAGCGUCACGUUAUACCGCAAUUCCCACCCAGAUUGAAAGUGCAGUGUCUGAAACCUCAUCAGUGGGCCAGAGUGCCCAAUCAGUCGCUCCAAGUGCACGCUUUGAAGUUAUCCGACAUAAGGGGUUGGUCCAUGUUAUGCGAAGACGCGAUUUCAAUGCUAGCUUUGCAUAUUCCUGAGGAGGACAGGUGCAUCGAUAUCUUGGAACUCAUCGAAAUGGACAAACUGCUCAGUUUUCACGCACACACAUUAACACUCUACGCAGCCCUCUGCUACCAGUCGAACUACAGAGCUGCCCACGCCCUAUGUCAACACGUCGAUCAGAAGCAAUUGUUAUACGCCAUUCGAGCGGAAUACAUGUCCGGGCCCCUACGACAAGGAUUCUACGACUUGCUGAUCGCUCUGCAUCUCGAAUCGCAUGCAACGACGAUGGAAGUGUGCAAGAACGAAUAUAUCAUUCCUUUAGGUCAAGAAUUAAAGGAUUUGUACGAAAACGAAGAAAUGAGGCACAGCCUCAGAUACCUAGAAACCGAGUCCGUACGACCGCAAAUGAAGAUGACGGAUAUUAGCGAUCAAACGAUCGAGAACAUAAGGAGCCUCUACAGCCCGCAUUUCCCCCUGGACGUCGUACGGGAUUACGUGAUGGAGGCCUUGAACGAGGCCGUCGAGGUCAAUCAAGUACACAAUCGAGACCCUAUCGGUGGCAGCAAUGAGAAUCUCUUCCUGCCGCUUUUGAAACUCGUUGACAGGCUACUGCUGGUUGGGAUGCUCAGGAACGAGGACGUCAUGAAGCUUCUCAUCAUGAUUCAUCCGGAAACUUGGGACUCAACAUUCGAUAAAGAAGGAAAAGACGAGCACAAGAAGGGAUUGCUCCACAUGAAAAUGGCCGAAGGAGCUAAACUCCAGAUGUGUUAUUUACUUCAUCAUCUCAAUGACAUUCAGCUACGUCAUCGCGUUGAAUCGAUCAUCGCCUUCAGCCACGAUUUCGUCGGUGAUCUGCAGUCCGAUCAGCUUCGUCGUUACAACGAGAUCAAACAGUCCGAUUUGCCAUCAGCGGUCGCAGCCAAAAAGACCAGGGAGUUCAGAUGUCCGCCCCGAGAACAGAUGAAUGCUAUCUUAAGCUUCAAGAACAUGGACUUCGAAGAGGAUCCGGAUAAUAUUCCCUGUGGAGAGGAUCUGAUCAGCCGGAUGAACGAAUUCCAUAGCAAUCUAAUGUCCUAUGUGUCUCUACACGCUCUUCAGGAAGCGGCUGACGCUGCGAACGAACCGAUAGAAGAAAUAGAAAAACCCGGAGCCAUGAAAAGACUAUUCAACUUCAUUAACGCUGUGAAGGAGCUGGAAGAGGAACCUAAACCGGAACCUGAACCGGAAAGGAAAACUCCAGAAGAGGUGUUCCGUAAAGUCCUUAUAUCGACCAUCGUCAGCUGGGCCGAGGAAUCCCAGAUUGAGACUCCAAAAUUAGUACGCGAGAUGUUCAGCCUUCUGGUACGUCAAUACGACACUGUCGGCGAGUUGAUCAGAGCCCUAGAGAAGACCUACGUAACCAACAGCAAAACGAGGGAGGACGCUGCGCUGAUGUGGGUCGGUCUGAGCCAAAUUCGUGCAUUAUUACCCGUGCAGAUGUCGCAAGAGGAAGAAGAGCUAGUUAGAGAAAGACUCUGGAAACUCGUAAACAACCACACCUUCUUUCAACAUCCGGAUUUGAUCAGAGUGUUGAGAAUUCACGAGAAUGUCAUGGCGAUCAUGAUGAACACUUUGGGCAGACGAGCACAAGCGCAGUCGGACGCUCAGACUCAACCGCAGACUACAGAAGGAGGAGAACCAGCUUCCAAGGAGAAGGACACUUCCCACGAGAUGGUGGUAGCCUGUUGCAGAUUCCUUUGUUAUUUCUGUCGCACGUCAAGGCAGAAUCAAAAGGCUAUGUUCGAUCACUUUGACUUCUUGCUGGAGAACAGUAACAUUCUCUUAUCGAGACCAUCAUUGAGAGGAUCUACGCCUUUAGACGUGGCUUACUCUUCUCUUAUGGAGAACACGGAACUCGCAUUGGCUCUCAGAGAACACUAUCUCGAGAAAAUUGCCAUCUACUUGUCCCGUUGUGGUCUACAAUCGAACUCGGAACUAGUAGAGAAGGGUUAUCCCGAUCUGGGAUGGGAUCCGGUGGAAGGUGAACGAUAUUUGGACUUUUUGAGGUUCUGUGUCUGGGUUAAUGGUGAAAGUGUGGAGGAAAACGCGAAUUUGGUGAUACGUUUGCUGAUCAGAAGACCGGAAUGUUUAGGUCCGGCGCUCCGUGGCGAGGGUGAAGGUCUGCUGAGAGCUAUCAUAGACGCCAACAAAAUGUCUGAACGCAUUGCUGAUCGACGCAAGGUGCACGAUGAAGCAGAGGGCACAUCGGUAAUGCAAUUCGAGCAUCCGCUUCCGGAAUCAGAUGAGGAUGAAGACUAUAUUGACACCGGUGCCGCUAUCUUGAACUUUUACUGUACUUUGGUAGACCUACUGGGUCGCUGCGCUCCAGAUUCUUCUGUCAUUGAACAAGGGAAGAACGAGUCUCUACGAGCGAGAGCUAUCCUACGAUCGCUGGUGCCACUUGACGAUCUGCAGGGUGUUCUGUCUUUGAGGUUCACUCUACUAAACCCAGCCGCUGGCGAAGAGAAGCCGAAAAGCGACAUGCCGUCUGGUCUUAUUCCGGGACACAAACAAAGUGUUGUCCUAUUUCUGGAACGUGUUUAUGGUAUCGAGACUCAAGAGCUGUUCUUCAAGAUACUCGAGGAAGCCUUCCUACCUGAUCUUCGAGCUGCGACCAUGCUCGAUAGAAACGAUGGUUACGAAUCUGACAUGGCGUUAGCAAUGAACCGUUACAUCGGAAUCAGCAUUCUACCACUCCUGAUCAAGCAUUCCAAGUUCUACAACGAGGCAGACAACUACGCCAGUCUUUUGGACGCCACACUGCACACUGUCUACCGAUUGAGCAAGAACAGAAUGCUGACGAAGGGUCAACGCGAGGCUGUGUCGGACUUCCUGGUAGCCCUGACUAGCCAAAUGCAACCAAGUAUGCUGCUGAAGUUACUCCGAAAACUGACCGUGGACGUGUCGAAACUGUCGGAGUAUACCACCGUCGCCCUGAGGCUAUUGACUCUCCAUUACGACCGUUGUGCCAAAUACUACGGUUCAACUGGUGGACAAGGUGCAUACGGUGCAUCGAGCGACGAAGAGAAACGUCUGACCAUGGUCCUCUUCAGCAACAUAUUCGAUUCCUUGUCCAAAAUGGACUACGAUCCAGAACUGUUUGGAAAAGCUUUACCUUGCCUCACGGCUAUUGGUUGUGCUUUGCCACCUGACUAUUCGUUGUCUAAGAAUUACGACGAUGAAUGGUAUGGCAGUAAAUCGGCAUCCACGCAGUCACCUGAUGGACCGUACAAUCCACAGCCAAUCAACACCUCCAGUGUGGUUCUGAACAAUGACCUCAAUCAGAUAGUACAGAAAUUCUCUGAGCAUUACCACGACGCCUGGGCCAGUCGGAAGUUAGAAAACGGUUGGACUUACGGUGAACAGUGGUCUGAAAUAAAUAAGACUCAUCCUAGAUUGAAGCCUUACAAUAUGUUGAACGACUACGAACGGGAACGUUACAAGGAGCCUGUCAGAGAGAGCUUGAAAGCUUUGCUGGCUAUAGGGUGGAGUGUUGAACACGCAGAAGUAGAUGUACCUUCGACCAAUCGCAGCUCCAUGCGAAGAUCAUCGAAGAGUCAAGGUGAUUCGGCGAGUCCAUUUAAUUACAAUCCUCAUCCAGUCGACAUGACGAACCUGACACUUAGCAGAGAAAUGCAGAAUAUGGCUGAACGUCUUGCGGACAAUGCCCAUGACAUUUGGGCCAAGAAGAAGAAGGAAGAGCUCAUUACAUGUGGGGGCGGUAUUCAUCCUCAGUUGGUACCAUACGAUUUACUGACGGACAAGGAGAAGCGAAAGGACCGCGAACGUUCCCAGGAAUUCCUCAAGUAUCUACAAUACCAAGGUUACAAGCUUCACAAACCAAAUCGAGGCGGAGAGUCCGAAGUUGCUACGGCUGGAGCUUCAGUGGAGCUAAGAUUCGCAUAUUCGUUACUGGAGAAACUGAUAGCAUAUUUGGACAAGGCCACUAUUAACAUGAAGCUACUGAAACCUUCCGACACGUUCAGCCGACGUAACAGUUUUAAAACGUCGACAAGGGACAUCAAGUUCUUCAGCAAGGUCGUGUUACCUCUGAUGGAGAAGUACUUCAGCACGCACAGGAAUUACUUUAUCGCAGUUGCCACAGCAACUAAUAACGUCGGAGCUGCUUCUUUGAAGGAGAAGGAAAUGGUGGCUGCUCUCUUCUGUAAAUUGGCCAGUUUGUUAAGAUCUAGACUGGCUGCUUUCGGACCAGACGUGAGGAUCACCGUCCGUUGUCUUCAAGUAUUGGUCAAAGGCAUCGACGCGAAGAGCUUGGUUAAAAAUUGUCCUGAAUUCAUCAGAACUUCUAUGUUGACGUUCUUCAACAACACCGCAGAUGAUUUGGGUCAUACAAUUCUAAAUCUUCAGGAGGGCAAAUAUAGUCAUCUUAGAGGUACACAUCUGAAAACGUCGACUUCUUUGUCGUACAUCAACAGCGUCGUUUUACCGGUUCUGACCGCCAUGUUCGAUCACCUGGCUGCUUGCGAGUACGGCAGUGAUCUUCUCCUGGAUGAAAUUCAAGUCGCGUCCUACAAAAUGUUAGCGUCAUUAUACACUCUUGGCGUAGACGCUUCUCUGACGCACGACAGGAAGUACUUGAAGACAGAAAUCGAGCGUCACAAGCCGAACUUAGGGUCUUGUUUAGGCGCUUUCUCGAGUUGCUUCCCCGUAGCUUUCCUGGAGCCACAUUUGAACAAGCACAAUCAGUUUUCCCUUUUGAAUCGUAUCGCUGAUCAUUCCUUGGAAGCUCAGGACAUAAUGACCAAAAUGGAGUCCAGCAUGCCCACUCUGGAGACAAUCUUAUCGGAAGUCGAUCAGUUCGUCGAGUCUGACAAAACCUACAACGAUCUUCCCCACGUUGUAGAUAUCAUUCUACCCCUGCUUUGCUCGUAUUUACCAUUCUGGUGGGCGCAAGGACCAGAUAACGUAAAUCCAACAGAGGGAACGUAUGUCAGCAUGGUCACCAGUGAUCACAUGAACCAACUUCUGAAGAAUGUCCUCAAGUUGAUCAAGAAGAACAUCGGUAACGAGAAUGCCCCUUGGAUGACUCGUAUCGCUGCCUACACCCAACAGAUCAUCAUCAAUUCUUCAGAGGAGCUUCUGAAGGAUCCGUUCUUACCACUCGCUGAACGUGUCAGAAAACGUACCGAUAAUAUGUUCCACAAAGAAGAAUCUCUUCGAGGUUUCAUAAAAUCGUCCACUGACGACACGUCACAGGUUGAAGCACAGAUUCAGGAAGACUGGCAACUGUUAGUUCGUGAUAUCUACUCGUUCUAUCCCCUGUUGAUCAAAUACGUGGAUCUCCAGAGGAACCACUGGCUGAGAAAUAAUAUACCUGAGGCUGAGGAUCUCUAUAAUCACGUAGCAGCAAUAUUCAACAUUUGGUCCAAGUCGCAGUAUUUCUUGCGGGAGGAACAGAACUUCAUAUCCGCGAACGAGAUAGAUAAUAUGGUGCUCAUCAUGCCAACAGCAACUAGAAGACCUGCUGCUAUCUCGGAUGGAACUGCACCUUCUGGUGGAGGCAAGAAAAAGAAGAAGCAUCGUGACAAAAAAAGGGACAAGGAUAAAGAGGUGCAAGCAUCUCUGAUGGUAGCCUGUUUGAAGAGAUUACUACCCGUUGGUCUGAACUUAUUCGCUGGACGUGAACAAGAAUUGGUACAGCACUGCAAAGAUAGAUUCUUGAAGAAGAUGCCUGAGUACGAAAUCGCCGAGUUCGCCAAAACGCAACUGACUUUGCCGGACAAGAUCGAUCCCGCCGACGAAAUGUCCUGGCAGCAUUAUCUGUACUCCAAGCUAGGUCAGAAGAAAGACGCGAUGGAGCCAGUGAAGGCGCAACAGUUAGAGGACGUGGUCGCACGUAUCACCGACAUGGCUAAAGUUCUUUAUGGUUUACACAUGAUAGAUCAUCCGCAACAGCAGAGCAAGGGUCAAUAUCGAUCCGUGGUGUCGAUACAACGUAAACGAGCGGUGAUCGCUUGUUUCCGUCAAACUUCCCUACAUUCCUUGCCCAGGCAUCGGGCUAUAAACAUAUUCGCACGAACAUACUACGAGCUCUGGUUGCAGGAUGAGAAUGUCGGUCAAGAAGUGAUGAUUGAAGACCUUACGCAAUCUUUCGAGGACGCCGAAUUGAAGAAGAUGGACAAAGACGAGGACGAAGGAAAACCAGACCCGCUCACGCAAUUAGUGACAACGUUCUGUCGUGGUGCCAUGACAGAACGAUCCGGUGCUCUUCAGGAAGAUCCUCUGUAUAUGAGUUAUGCGCGAAUUAUAUCAAAAUCUUGCGGCGAAGAGGAAGAGGAAGGCGAAGACGAGGGUGGAGGGGGUGAAGAAGAAGGGGGCGCUUCGAUCCACGAACAAGAAAUGGAAAAACAGAAGCUUCUCUUCCACCAAGCACGUCUCGCCAACCGCGGCGUAGCGGAAAUGGUCCUGCUCCACAUAUCCGCCUGCAAAGGCCUACCAAGCGAGAUGGUUAUGAAGACUUUGGAGUUGGGUAUAUCCAUUCUACGCGGUGGUAAUAUAGAGAUCCAACGGGGAAUGUUGAAUCAUUUGAAAGAAAAGAAGGACGUAGGAUUCUUCACUUCGAUCGCCGGUUUAAUGAAUUCAUGCAGUGUAUUGGAUCUGGACGCUUUUGAGAGGAACACUAAAGCUGAAGGACUAGGAGUUGGUUCCGAGGGAGCGGCAGGUGAAAAGAACAUGCACGACGCCGAAUUUACGUGUGCCUUGUUUCGGUUCAUUCAACUGACCUGCGAAGGUCACAAUCUUGACUGGCAGAACUAUCUGAGGACCCAGGCCGGUAACACGACGACAGUGAACGUCGUUAUCUGCACCGUCGAUUACCUUUUACGACUCCAAGAGUCCAUCAUGGACUUUUAUUGGCACUAUUCUAGCAAGGAACUCAUCGACCCCGCCGGCAAAGCUAACUUCUUCAAAGCCAUAGGCGUCGCCAGUCAGGUCUUUAACACCCUGACUGAAGUCAUUCAGGGACCUUGCGCGCAGAACCAACAAGCACUUGCGCAUUCUCGAUUAUGGGACGCCGUUGGUGGUUUCCUAUUCUUGUUCUCUCACAUGCAAGACAAGUUGUCGAAGCACUCGAGUCAAGUGGAUCUUCUGAAGGAAUUACUCAAUUUGCAAAAAGACAUGAUCACCAUGAUGCUCUCUAUGCUUGAAGGUAACGUUGUGAAUGGAACUAUUGGAAAGCAGAUGGUAGACACCCUGGUGGAAUCAGCGGGCAACGUCGAAUUAAUUCUCAAGUACUUCGACAUGUUCUUGAAACUGAAGGACUUGGUCUCGUCACCUAGUUUCUUGGAGGUUGAUCUGAACAGCGACGGCUGGGUGUACCCUAAGGAUUUCAAGGAGAAAAUGGAACAGCAAAAGAGCUAUACAAACGAGGAGAUGGAAUUCCUGUUAGCCUGUUGCGAGACGAAUCACGAUGGUAAAAUUGACUACGUAGCAUUCAUGGACCGUUUCCACGAGCCAGCGAAAGAGAUCGGUUUCAAUCUUGCUGUUCUGCUGACCAAUUUGUCCGAGCACAUGCCGAACGAGCCCAGACUGGCGAGAUUCCUCGAGACAGCAGGUUCUGUGUUGAAUUACUUCGAGCCAUUCCUCGGCAGGAUCGAGAUCCUUGGUGGGAACAAGAAGAUCGAGCGGGUGUACUUCGAGAUCAAGGAAUCGAACAUCGAGCAGUGGGAGAAGCCGCAGAUCAAGGAGUCCAAGAGGACAUACUUCUACAACACCGUGGUAGAGGCUGGAGAGAAGGAGAAAUUGGAGACCUUCAUCAACUUCUGUGAGGACGCCAUCUUUGAAAUGCAGCAUGCGAGCGCGUUGAUGGCGGUGGAGGAAAGCGGAGGAAUCGGAAAAGCCAGGGAAUCCUCUUACACCUACAUGACAGAAGACGACGAAGAAAGGAACAAAGAUCCCAUCCGGAGAGGUAUCCAAACUUUCAAGGACGGUAUCUACUUCUUCUUCUCCAUAUUCUCUCCAACGAACAUCAAGAACAAGAUCGCUGAGAUGCAACAGAUGACGAUAUUGGAACUCUUCGUUGGCUUCUUUAAGAUGAUAUUCUACGCGUUCUACUACUCUGGAUUCGGUGUUGGCUGUGUUAUUAGGUAUUUCAUGAGGUUACUGUUGGCGUUGAUGAAAGGACCACAUUUGGAAGAACCUGUCGUCGAGGUGAAGGAGGAAGAAGAGAAACCAUCGAGGCAUCUACCUGCUUUGCCACCAACACCGGAUGAAUCGAAUCUACAGGUGCAGGCGUUUGGAAUGGACAUAACGAAAGAAGAAGGCCAGAUAAAGAUAGCGCCCCACGAAUCAGCAGCUUCGACACCUCAAUCGAGCAUCGAAGAAACUGGUGAGAGCACACCAGAAGAAGCUACCGGUGAAGAGGGUCCAAGGGUUGAAAGUGGAACCGGAGACACGGAAACACCUGUUUCAUUGGCUGAUUUAUUAGGUGGCGAACAGGCAAGAGCUCAGGCUGCAGCCGCUGCCGAAGCAGCAGCUGCGCAACAGGCAGCGAUGGCUGCGGUGGAAGCAGAAGCGAAGCAGGAACCAGCGACUGAAACCACGACGUCCAGUAUCGAUUUGUCCGAGUACACUCACCGCAUUGUAUCUUUCUUGGCCAGGAAUUUCUAUAACUUGAAAUACGUUGCUUUGGUUCUCGCCUUUUGCAUCAAUUUCAUGUUGCUGUUCUACAAGGUAUCUUCUUUGGCCAGUGACGAGGACGAAGAAGGUAGCGGUCAAAUAAUGGCGGACAUGUUGGCGGAUAUGUCUGGCGAGGGUCCAUCCGGUUCCGGAUUCGGAGAGGAGGAAGACGCGUACGCUCUGGAAUACGUCGAAGUCUCUGAGGAUUUCUAUUACAUGGCACACGUUAUGAGGCUCAUGGCUGCUCUUCAUUCGAUCGUUUCUCUCGCUAUGCUGGUCGCUUAUUACCAUCUGAAGGUACCGCUGGCCAUCUUCAAACGAGAAAAGGAAAUCGCGCGACGAGUGGAAUUUGAUGGAUUGUAUAUUGCCGAGACGCCUGAGGAAGACGACAUCAAGGCACAUUGGGAUAAAAUGGUGAUAUCAGCGAAAACGUUUCCUGUGAAUUAUUGGGAUAAAUUCGUGAAGAAGAAAGUUCGUCAGAAGUACAGCGAGACCUACGACUUCGAUUAUAUCAGCAACUUGCUCGGUAUGGAGAAGACUUCGUUCAGCCAACAAGAAGAAGAGGGUUCUGGUUUGAUCCAUUUUAUCGUAAAUAUCGACUGGAGGUAUCAAGUGUGGAAAGCUGGAGUCACCAUCACCGACAACGCAUUUUUGUAUAGCUUGUGGUACUUCAUAUUCUCGAUCCUCGGGAACUAUAACAACUUCUUCUUCGCUGCUCAUCUGCUGGACGUCGCGGUCGGUUUCAAAACGCUUAGGACGAUCUUGCAAUCCGUAACGCACAACGGCAAACAAUUGGUACUAACGGUGAUGUUGCUGACGAUCGUUGUAUACAUAUACACGGUCAUAGCCUUUAACUUCUUCAGGAAAUUUUAUAUUCAAGAGGAAGACGACGAAGUGGACAAGAAAUGUCAUGAUAUGUUAACGUGCUUCGUGUUUCAUCUUUACAAAGGCGUCAGAGCCGGUGGUGGUAUCGGUGACGAGAUUGGCGAACCGGAUGGCGACGAUUACGAAGUCUAUCGUAUCAUGUUCGACAUCACUUUCUUCUUUUUCGUUAUUGUCAUUUUGCUGGCUAUUAUUCAGGGUUUGAUUAUCGACGCAUUCGGUGAACUUCGAGACCAGCUCGAAAAUGUGAAAACAAACAUGGAGAGUAACUGUUUCAUUAGUGGCUUAGAGAAAGAGUACUUUGAUACGGUUCCACAUGGUUUCGAUACACACGUUCAACAGGAACAUAAUCUUGCUAAUUACAUGUUCUUCCUCAUGCACUUAAUCAACAAACCAGACACCGAAUACACCGGUCAGGAAACGUACGUGUGGAACAUGUACCAGCAAAGGUGUUGGGACUUCUUCCCUGUCGGUGACUGCUUCCGCAAGCAGAACGAGGCAGUAGAGGAAGAGGCGAAGAAGAAGUAGGAUUUCAUUGCCACGUGUCAUCGUGCACGAACGACCAAAUCGAUCGUUAUUGCAUAAAGAAGAUUUUCUCUCCUGAAACGUCUUCGAUAAUCCGUAGUCUCUUAACUUCUACACGCAAGAAAAUGGAUUGCAUGAAUAACAUUCGACAAGCUAAGAUCAGACUUUAGGAAACUACAUUCUCGCUCGUACGUCGAUAGAUAGACUACAACGUUUAACGCGUGUGUACACUUUCACAUUCAACGUUUCUCGUUAUUCCAAGUCUUACAUGAAAUUUUUCAGAGCGUGAUUAGAACACACGUUGCCGCUAGGGAAUCGCGCGAGUCGUACUCGUUCGAGUUUGAAAAUCGUGUUCCGCGCUCGCAAGCAACCAAGAACCUAGGAGACUGGUAAAAAUAUUUUUCCAACCUAUUUUUCCAACUUUGUAUGGGUGGCUGGAUCGUAUAAGUUAACAGUUUCCUCCUUAGAUAGCCAAUUUGCAACAUGUUAUUAAACCAUUUGGACUAAAGGAUCCGACUGCACAAAUCUUGCAUUAUCAUUGAACGUUUACGAUUGCCUUCUUUUCAUACGUCGGGUGACCACACAUACACACACCGUACCACACACACACACACACACACUUGUGCAUAAUAA